UCUUCAGAUCGCACACGCACAGGCGGCUGCUUUCCGCGAUCCUCUCACAUUGCUGUCUCCGCGUGCUCAAAGUGCUGCUGCACACGGAGCGGUUACAUAGACUCUAAAUAUACCAUGAAAGUAUAAAUACAGGUACAUACUGUAUAUAUACACAGUCUAUGCGAGCAAAGCGGCACGGUCAAGCCCGUAUAUACAGUGUGCGUGGAAAUCAUGGACUUAAUGAUGAGAUUUAAUGGUUUUAUCAGUAACAAUUUUCCUAAACGCGGGUUAGGGCAUUUCCCCCCUAGUAACCCCAUGUAGGCUUUGUUUUUGUUUUUUCAGUAGACGAGAAACUUUGAAACAACUUGUAUCUCAAUCUGAAUUGUGAAUAAAUUAAAACAGUCUAAAACUGAUAUUUCAUAGCAGAAUUCACUUUAAUGUAUAUAUUUUAUAUAUAUAACUUUUUAUUUUUAAAUUUUUAUUUUAUCAUUUAUAAUUGUCUAAAUAUUAUUUAACAGCAUAAUUAAUCUUGGCCUAAAUUUGCGCUUUUAUUAUACUGAACACCCACAUUAUUUCCUGUGAUGUCAUCAAGUCUACCUGUCCCAGAAGCUCAAAGGGCCGAGUGUUUUAUUAUAGAUCCAUGACUGUGUGCUUGUGAACUGCGUAAGUCCAUUCUGAGUCUGCACCACAAGUGUGUACCUGGGAGUACACGAGUACGAAGUGUGCAGACUGAUGAUUGUGUAAGGGCUGUAGUUCAUCUGAGCGAGUGUGCGAGUUUACGAGUAAAUCUGCCUAUCGUCAGCACACACCAUGCUUCCUGACAAAGAUGGUCCCGAGUUGGGCAGCGGGAGCUGCUCUUCCGCAGGAGAGGACCCCUCAGUCAGUUUGUUCAGAGAAUACCUCCGUCUAAAAACUGUGCACCCAGAACCAGACUAUGAUGUGGUGCUUCAGUUUCUGGACAAAAUUGCAAAAGAACUGGACUUGCCUAUAAAGAAGAUUGAGGUAUUUCCCGGUAGGGUGGUCACCAUUAUGACCUGGGAGGGAAUCAACCCAAACCUGAAGUCCAUUUUACUGAACUCCCACACAGAUGUGGUCCCUGUUUUUCCGGAACACUGGAAAUAUGAUGCUUUCAGUGCUUUCAAAGAUGCAGAGGGCAACAUUUAUGCCCGUGGAUCACAGGACAUGAAAUGUGUGACUAUACAGUACAUUGAAGCUAUUAGAAGACUGAAGGCCAAGGGACAGAAAUUGGCGCGCACUGUACACCUGAUGUUUGUUCCUGAUGAAGAGGUUGGGGGCCAUAAAGGAAUGGAAACAUUUGUGAACCAUCAAGAGUUUCACAAAUUAAAUAUUGGCUUUGCACUUGACGAGGGUCUUGCCAACCCUACAGACGCCUUUACAGUUUUUUAUGGAGAAAGAAAUCCCUGGUGGAUCACUAUACAUUGUCCUGGAAGUCCAGGGCAUGGCUCCAGAUUUGUGGAAAACACAGCUGCUGAGAAACUUCAUCAUAUCAUUAACUCCUUCCUGGGCUUCAGAGAAAAAGAGAAACACAGGUUGAAUACCAGUGAGUGCCUUACUCUGGGGGAUGUGACCACUGUGAAUAUGACAAUGGUAAAAGGCGGAGUAGCUUACAAUGUCAUCCCAGCAGAAAUGGAUGUUAGCUUUGACCUGAGGAUCCCUCCCACUGUAAAUCUGCAGGAGUUUGAAUGUCAAAUCAAAAAGUGGUGUAAAGAAGCAGGGGAGGACGUCACUUAUAAAUUCGCUCAGAAACAUAUGGAUCAGAAGGUGACUUCUACAGAUGACGAUGAUCCCUGGUGGAGUGCAUUUAGUGCAGCCUGCAAUGAAAUGAACAUGAAAUUGGAAAAAGAGAUCUUCCCUGCUGCUACUGACAGUCGCUUCAUUAGAGCGGUUGGUCUACCUGCCAUUGGCUUCUCCCCGAUGAACCGAACCCCUAUUCUGCUACAUGAUCAUAAUGAGUUCCUGAAUGAGCAGGUAUUCCUCAGAGGCAUCAGUAUUUACCAGAGACUCAUCCCGGCGUUGGCCUCUGUCCUUGCUUUACCAGACGAGAAGUAGGCCUCCUGCAGUAAUAGUUCACAUAGAAUAUUAUAAUUUUACUCAAAGAUUACCAAAGAUUUAUCUGUUUAUAGAAUUACAAAGGAAUAGUACUGUUAUGCUACAGUUUUACUUUCUCAGGAGUUUACACUGUGCUGUUAUGUCUUUAGAUAUGUGAGUGCCUGUAUGCAGUGUUGGACAUAUCUGCUAAUACAAGGUUUUCCACCAGAUAGGAAAAAGAUCUACAUUGAUUCAUUUUUAAUGACAAUUUUUAACCCAUUGACGCCGGAUGCUGCGCAGCGCAGCGCUGAGUCCCCU